CAUGGACAUUCCCCGCCCCGACAACUUCAACGAAUGCUAUCUCUACGAGGAGUUGAUGGAGUGCGAUCUGGCAGCCAUCAUCCGCUCCGGCCAGCCCCUCACCGACGCCCAUUUCCAAUCCUUCAUAUACCAGAUCCUCUGCGGUCUGAAAUACAUCCACUCGGCCAACGUCCUCCACCGCGACCUGAAGCCCGGUAAUCUCCUAGUCAAUGCCGACUGCGAACUCAAGAUUUGCGAUUUUGGCUUGGCCAGAGGUUUCUCCAUGGACCCGGAAGAGAAUGCAGGAUACAUGACCGAGUACGUCGCGACUCGGUGGUACAGAGCGCCCGAGAUCAUGUUGAGUUUCCAGAGCUACACAAAAGCCAUCGAUGUAUGGUCCGUCGGAUGUAUCCUCGCCGAGCUGCUCGGUGGAAAGCCCUUCUUCAAGGGCCGCGAUUACGUCGAUCAGCUGAACCAGAUCCUGCACUACCUAGGCACACCCAACGAGGAGACCCUUUCGCGCAUCGGCUCGCCCCGUGCCCAGGACUACGUUCGCAACCUACCGUUCAUGCAGAAAAUCUCAUUCCAGUCAUUGUUUAGGAACGCCAACCCCGAUGCCCUGGAUCUCCUCGAUCGCAUGCUUGCCUUUGAUCCUUCCAGCCGCAUCUCUGUCGAGGAAGCACUCGAACACAGGUACUUGCAAAUCUGGCACGACGCUUCAGACGAGCCAACAUGCCCCACGACAUUCGACUUUCAGUUUGAGGUCGUCGAGGAAAUACCCGAGAUGAAGACGAUGAUUCUCGCUGAAGUCAACCGCUUCCGCCAAAUGGUCCGUGUCCAGCCUGGUGCCGGUGGCCAAGCUCAGAACCAGCCGCCUCAGGUCCCGAUACCUAACAACUACGACCGCGCUGGCUACGAAGAUCCAAGGCCGCAAGAGGCAUACAACCAGGGUGGGGGUAGCUGGCAGGGCAACGAUUUAGAACGCGAUUUGCAGGGUCUUGAUGGAAGGCUGAGACAGUGAUCUUGGGGAAGAGAAUUUUUGGAUAAAAAGGUAUCCCCGUGUAUUACUUCCUUUAGCAAUUAUU